AUGACAUCUGCAAUGGAUAUAGAUCAUUGGAAAAGUCAUUGGAAUGAUCUCGAAACAUUUUUCAAAGAAAAGGACAUCGAUCUUUCAACACUAAAGGGAAUGAAUACUUUUCUCCGUGAAAAUGGAAUGGAUGUUUCAAAAAUAAAGCGAGAAAUGGCUUCCCAAGAGGGUAUCACGGGAAAAGCUGACGCAAUAAUGGGAUGUUUGUGGUCUUCGAUUGCAGAAUACAGGAGCCUCGGUGAUCUCAUGAAAUCCUCAAUAACUUUCCUGUCCUCACUAACUAAUCAUCUCGACUCAGUUAUUCCUUACUCUCGUCAACUAAAACAGGUUUUUCCAAUUGUUACGGCUUUCUUGAAUCUGGUCUCCAAAGAAAAUAGCAUCGUAAAAAAGCUUGCAGAAGAGGUUCAAGCUGAUGAUGUUGUGAAACACGAAAUUGCAGGCAUCAUAGAAAAGUUGUCAACUUCACAAAUAUAUGUUGGUGCAAUAAAUGACCCUGAUAACAUAGAAACGAACGUAAUACAAAUUAUGAUCGCAAACGUUAACAUUGACAUUGGUGUGGAGCACAUUGGAAAUUUGAAAAGUCGGAUUGAGAGUCUGAUCUCAUGUGAUAUGGACAAACCACAAGCGGAGAGGUGUUUACUGUACAUCAAUCUCUUCGUGAGAGUUUCGGUGCUUAGACAUGCAUUACUUCUGCAAAUGUUGACCGUACUGAGAUUAACGAACUACAGUCCACAGACAGCUACAGCUAUUACGAAGGUCAUGGAAAAGGACAAAGACCGUGCCAGAGAGUUGCUUAGGUUUUUGGAAUCACCAACCAUUGAAAAAUCAGUGACACUUUUUGCGUUUUUCGACUUCAGUAAGCAAGAGCACAUCGUACGUUUUGCUACCGAAUUAAAUUUAAAGUUGCAGGAUCUUAGUGGUAACUUUGAUAAACAAGAUUUAUGCAUUCAACCAAAUGUUGAUGAAAAAGGAGAAGAAUACGUUCUUUCAAGGCCAACGUUCGCCAAGAUAAAGGCACUGAAAAAAGUUAAACGGCAGACGAAUUCUGAUGACGUCCUUUUUCGUUUUGAGUUUCUCCCGGGUUCGCAAAAUUUAUUCUAUAUUCGAUCGAGCGAUGAAAAAUACUAUGUUUGGAUGAAGACGGAUAGAUUUUGUAAAUGUUGUGAGGACAAGCCUGGGAACGAUGGAGAGUGGAUUGUUAUAAGGGUUGAUGGGAAGGAAACUUUCUAUCUUUUUUCUCCAAAGAAAUGGCCAAAUCAAUUUUUAUACUUAGACAAAGGAAUAUUUGAAAGUGUCAGAGGUCUGGAUGACAAACGAACCUGCGCUACAGUAAAGCAGUGUUUAUUCAAAUUGGUUCCACCAAUUAAGAAUCAAACUGGGGGCAAUGAACCAGCAUCUGCAUCGAAAGAAAACCCUCGAGAGGAAUGUUCAAAACAACUGGAAUACAUUAGAAAGUUUCUGAAAUCAAAAAGCAUUAAUGCUGAAAGCUUAGUGUCGAAAAUUAAGUCUCAUCUCUCGGGCCAGUCCGGUGACACCAUAGCUUCAGUGGUCAGAAAUAUGAAAACAGCAAUUGGAUUUUUCAAAUGUGAAAAUACGUCCAGUAAAAUGAACGGCGUUCUUGAAUUGCUUGGUAAUAACAAUAGAACAUUUAUGUGUGAUUUCACAUCCUCCUCAGCCCUAACGCCGGUCUUUAGAUUAAAUAAUUCUCUUCUGAGGCUUGUCUGGCAAGAGAAAAACAUUGAAUCGUUUGUCCAAGAGGGGUUACAAAUGGAGAGUGAAUUGAAGAAAAAUAUGGCGGAAGACGUAUCAAAGUUUGUCCAGUUCACUUUCUAUCUCAGAAGCAUUGAAGAUAAAAAUGGAGUUAAUGAAACUGACGUCUCGACAAUGAUGUCACAGUCCCUGCUUUUACAAGAGAUAAGAAGUAUCAGAAAACUGAGAAGUCAAAUAGAAAACCAUUUUACUAGCUACCCUACUGUCGGCUGUACUGUCUUUCGGAAGAAAAUUCAAUCUUUAACGAUUGCAUUCACUAAAAUGACAACUCUUCAAUCCGUAGUUCUGUGGCAAAUGUUUACUGUUGCCAAAAAGCAUGACGAUAGUUCAAGUUCGGCAGACGUCCUUCUUAAAACUAUUCAGAGGAAUAAAGAGCAGGAUGAGCAUGUGCUAAAAUUGCUGGAAAAACAUAGUGAAGAUUUGUUGGACUUAUUUUCAGAAUGUUCGUCGUCAGAUUCUUUGAUCAUUUUCCAAUUCAAGAAGAGUUUAGACAAUGAAGGCGACAAUGAAAAUGAAACCUUUGAAGUUGUUUAG